AUUCAAACGUGGCUCCGGAGAGGAGUUGGGGCUCGGCAGUUUGCGUCUUUGCUCGGCCUCCCGAGAUGAAUUACAAUUUAGAAAUGGAGGCUGAAGAAUUAGAUGGCAGGAAGUUGACAAUUGAUUCCAUAAUGACCAAAGUAAGAGAUAUUAAAAAUAAGAUAAAGGAAGACCUUACUGAUGAGCUGAGCUCGAAUAAAAUCUGUGCUGAUCCUACAGAAACGGUUAACCAAAUUAUGAUGAUGGCGAACACCCCAGAGAACUGGUUGAAUUUCUUGCUGAAACUAGAGAAGAACAGUGUCCCCCUAAAUGAUGCUUUUUUAAAUAAGUUGAUCGGUCGCUAUAGUCAAGCAAUUGAAGCCCUUCCUCCAGAUAAAUAUGGCCAGAACGAGAGCUUUGCUCGUAUCCAAGUCAGACUUGCCGAAUUAAAAGCUAUUCAAGAACCUGAUGAUGCUCAUGACUACUUUCAAAUGGCCAGAGAAAACUGCAAGAAGUUUGCUUUUGUGCAUGUGUCUUUUGCACAGUUUGAACUGUCUCAAGGCAAUCUUAAAAAAAGCGAACAGCUUCUUCAUAAAGCUAUAGAAAGCGGAGCAGUGCCGCUGCAGAUGCUGGAGAUCGCCAUGCGCAACUUACACCUCCAGAAAAAGCAGCUACUGUCAGAGGAGGACAAGAAGAGUUUGUCAGCAUCUACAGUACUAACUGCCCAAGAAUCAUUCUCUAGUUCCCUUGGAAAUCUACAGAAUAGGAACAUGAGUUGUGAUUCCAGAGGACAGCCUGCUAUAGCCAGGAUUUUAUAUGGAGAGAACAUACCUCCACAAGAUGCAGAAAUAAGUCAUCGAAAUCCCUUAAAACAAACUAACAAAGCUAAACCGUCAUGUCCCUUUGGAAGAGUCCCGGUUAACCUUCUGAAUAGCCCAGAUUAUCAUGUGAAGACAGAUGGUUCAGCUGUGCCAAAUUUUUCAAAAAGAAAGAUAUCCGGAUCAGAUUCCUGAGAAUCAAUUAUUCCUGGAUCCAAACCAAGUGGAAAUGAUUCCUGUGAAUUGAGAACUUUAAAGCCCAUUCAAAGUGUCCAUUUCAAAGACUCUCUGGUGUCCGGUGAAAAAAGUUCUGAGCUUAUUUCUGAUUUAGUAAUCUUGAAGAGUAAAACUGAAUCAAGUCUCCUAACAAAAUUGGAAGAAACUAAAGUACGUCAAGAAUCAGAGAUUGCAGAAAGAAAGCACAAACCAUGGCAGUCCACAAGAAAGUCUGAGAGUGUGAGCCAGAACCAGUGGCACAUUCCGGAUGUUACCCCUAAGACUCAGAAAGAGAAGUGUCCCACUGUUGAGCAGCUUGCCUUACCAGUUUCAAAGCAGUCGCCUCCGAUGUCAGUUCCUAAAUGGAUUGAUCCAAAGUCUGUCUGUGUGACACCCAGUAGUAAUUCCACGGAUGAUUACAUGAGCUGUUUUAGGACUCCAGUUGUGAAGAAGAACUUUCUGCCUGCCUGCCCAUUAUCGACACCUUACAGCCAGCCUGCCUGCCUGCAGCAGCAGCAGCAGCAGCAGCACCAACAGCAGCAAGGACUGAGUACCCCUCUUCAAAACUUACAGGUUUCAGGAUCCUCAACAGUAAAUGAAUGCAUUUCUGUUAAAGGGAGAAUUUAUUCCAUACUAAAACAGAUAGGCGGUGGAGGUUCCAGUAAGGUAUUUCAGGUAUUGAGUGAAAAGAAGCAUAUAUAUGCUAUCAAAUAUGUGAACCUAGAAGAUGCAGAUAAGGAAACUAUUGACAGUUACCGGAAUGAGAUAGCUUAUUUGAACAAACUACAGCAACACAGUGAUAAGAUCAUCCGCCUCUAUGAUUAUGAAAUCACAGAGCGAUACAUCUACUUGGUAAUGGAAUGUGGAAACAUUGACCUGAAUAGUUGGCUUAAAAAGAAAAAAUCCAUCAAUCCAUGGGAACGCAAGAGCUACUGGAAAAAUAUGUUGGAAGCAGUACACACAAUCCAUCAGCAUGGCAUUGUUCAUAGUGAUCUGAAGCCUGCUAAUUUUCUAAUAGUUGAAGGAAUGCUGAAGCUAAUUGAUUUUGGGAUUGCAAACCAAAUGCAGCCAGAUACAACAAGCAUAGUUAAAGAUUCUCAGGUUGGUACAGUUAAUUACAUGCCUCCAGAAGCAAUCAGAGACAUGUCUUCUUCAAGAGAACAUGGGAAAGUCAAGACCAAGAUAAGCCCCAGAAGUGAUGUUUGGUCCUUGGGGUGCAUUUUGUACUAUAUGACUUACGGGAAAACCCCAUUCCAGCAUAUCAUUAAUCAGCUCUCUAAACUACAUGCCAUAAUUGACCCUAAUCAUGAGAUUGAAUUUCCUGAUAUUCCAGAAAAAGAUCUUCAAGACGUGCUAAAGCGCUGUUUAGUAAGGGACCCUAAAGAGAGGAUAUCCAUCCCUGAGCUGCUCGCACAUCCUUAUGUUCAGAUUCAACCCCAUUCAGGCAGCCAAGUGGCUAGGAAAACCAAUGAUGAAAUGAAAUAUGUUCUGAGUCAACUUGUUGGUCUGAAUUCUCCUAACUCCAUUUUGAAAACUGCCAAAACUCUCUAUGAACGCUAUAAUUGUGGUGAAAGUCAAGAUUCUUCAUCAUCCAAGACAUUUAACAAAAAGGCAGAAGGAAAUUGAUGUACAGCUACUCACAAACCAAAAACACUAAAGCUGUCCAUCUGCUAUACUUUUGAAUCGCCACGGAAAUCUACCUUAGGAAACAAACUUGCCUGAAUUUUUUCAGUAAAAAUCUUUGUAAAUUAUCCUCUAAAAAAACUGUAAAGUUAACCACUGUGUUAGAAUAUAUAGUUGUGCUUUUGUUUUUUGUUUUUCUGUAAAUCUAAUCGGUCUGGUAACAUUUCACACGGAGCGGGGACUCUGGACUGUUGACGAUCUCUGUAAAUAGAGAGGACCUCUUACUCUGAAGACCUGUGUAAAUAAAGCUUAUCCUCAUGAGGGACACCACCGUCCCCA